CAUUUGAAUCCUUUCACUAACAAUAUGAGCGUCUGUAAGUAAACAACAGUUAGCGACUUAGCCUCAGUUCCCUGAAGGAACUUGCGCUGGCCUAUGCUAACACAAGUUACGAUAGUUGGUAUCGUCCAUAAGCUAAAAGGGAAUCCAUAAUGGCUGCAGAUUGGUUGGGUUGCUUAGUUUCAAUUAAUUGUGGACCAACGCUUGGAAUGUACCAAGGAGAGGUGUCCUCUGUUGAUCAAUCCAGUCAAACCAUCUCCUUAAGGCAGCCUUUCCAUAACGGGGUCAAGUGUCCCGUUCCAGAAGUUACAUUCAGUGCCAUUGAUAUAAAGGAACUCAAGAUUUUAGAAAUCAAAAAUGGCAGUGUGAAGAACACACCAACUGCAUCAGCCAAGGGGAGCCGCACCCCAGUGGCGGUCCCAAAGAGCGAUGCCAGGGGUGCAGAGAAAAUGAACUCCCCUCAACAGUACUCCAGGAGCUUUGGGGAGCGUCAGCUGGACGCUCUGGGCCAGCCCAAAGGGUUUCGUCGAAGGCACAAUUCCUGGUCAUCCAGCAGUCGAGGACCAAACCAAAUGACACCAAAGAAGAACGGAGUGAAGAACGGUCAGAUGAAGCAGAGAGACGACGAGUGUUUUGGAGACGGGGUGGACGACGGCCUGGACACAGACUUUGACUUUGAAGGAAACCUGGCUCUUUUUGACAAAGCAGCAGUUUUCUCAGAAAUCGACACGUCGGAGCAACGAAAUGGCGCCAGGUCGCGCGGGACCCCGCAAGACCAGACGCCCUUACGGUACCGGCACGACGAAAACAUCUUGGAGGCCAAACCUGUCGUGUACAGACAGAUCGUUGUGCCACAGGCUGGUGGCAAAGAAUACUGCACUGACUCUGGACUUGUUGUUCCAAGUGUUUCCUAUGAACUACACAAGCGUCUGCUGUCCGUUGCGGAGCGUCAUGGUCUCACGUUGGAGAGAAGGCUUGAGAUGACGGGGGUGUGUGCCAGUCAGAUGGCACUGACGUUGUUAGGAGGCCCGAACAGAUUCACGCCAAAGAAUUUACAUCAGCGCCCCACAGUGGCGCUGCUGUGCGGUCCUCACGUUCAGGGCGCGCAGGGCAUCAGCUGCGGUCGACAUCUUGCUAAUCACGAAGUGGAGGUCAUAUUGUUUCUGCCCAACUUUGUAAAGAUGCUUGAUUCUGUGACCAACGAACUCACACUCUUCAACAAAACGGAUGGCAAACAGGUGUCUAGCAUCAAAGACCUUCCGGACACUCCAGUGGAUCUCAUCAUAAACUGUCUGGACUGCCACGAGAACACCUUCCUGAUGGACCAGCCGUGGUACCGGGCCGCCGCGGACUGGGCUAACCAGAACAGAGCACCGGUGCUUAGCUUGGACCCCCCUGUGAGUGGGCAGGGUCAUGCAGUCGAGGCCAAGUGGUCUUUAUCCCUUUGUCUCCCGCUUGCUCUGGGGGAAGGAGCCGGCAGAGUGUAUCUAUGUGACAUCGGUUUUCCUCGGCAAGUUUUCCAAGAAGUGGGAAUCAAAUACCUAUCUCCAUUUGGCUGCAAGUUUGUCAUCCCCUUGCAUUCUGCCUAGUAUGGGAAUGUAAAACUCUCAUUUUCAAUGAUUUGGGUUUUUUUUUUUUUUUUUUUUUUUUGGGGGGCCUUAUGUUGCAAAAUCUCUUUCCAGUUUGAGUUCAGUUAUAUUUUUAAUGUUUCAUGGAUUUUAUUUCCUUUUUUUUAAAUGAAUGAGGUUACAUGAAGUUCAUUUGGCUAAAUUUCAAAGGAACUAGAAAAAAAAAUUAAAAAGGGGAAAUAUGCUUAUUAAAAAUGGAGAUGUGCAUUAUUUAUGUGACAGCAAAAUCUUUCGUCAGAUGUCACAACACAAAAGUAUUUCUAAUGAUAAAAAAAACACAUCUCUUUAAUCCUUCUUUUCCUUUAUGUCAAAAUACUCUUCAUCAUAAAUCUGAACGUACAAGUAUUUUAUUCUAAAGGGAAUAAAAAAAAACAAAACGUUCAUACCUUAACUAAAAAGAAUGUUAUUGUGUCUUUUAGAAGCUAAAAGUAUGUAGUUUUAGGUUGUUAAUAAUUACAUUUAAAGCAUUAAAGGCUUAAGUUUUAAGCUGAACAGGACAAUCUUUGACUAAACUGAUUAGUUUUGAAUCUUUUAGCUACUUAUAAACCAUAUCAUGAAUAAGCCAGUCACACUGCGUUGAUGAAAACAAACAUGUCUGCUGCUUUGGGGUUUUCUUUUGGGGUCCAUGCAGCUUUGUUUUUCUUCAGCAGAUGUAGAAGACUCUGUUUUUUGUCAUCUUGGAUCACAAAUACACUGUAUGCUCCUGAGCCAGGAAAAAACAAACUUAAUUUCUUGAUGUUACUCAAUUUCUGUGAGUAUUUUGUUGCCUGAUCAGUUUUCGCCGAUACAUUGUUUGUUGUAAAGGAGACAAAUCUGCGAAAAACUACUCCUCAUAUCUGUUGCUUAGCCUGCAGAUAGCUCAUUUUAUUUUAUUUUUUUACACUUUUUUUUUUGAUCCACAAACUCAAAUAUUUAGAAUACAUUCGUUUAUCUUAAGCUUUUCAUACUUUGCAGAGCCAAGUCUGUUGAAUUGAAUAAAAGCUUCACAAUUUUCCACUUUCUAAAUGUAUUAAUGCAUUUUUUUCUUUGAAGGUUGCAGCUACUUUAAAUAACAUCACAUUAGUGCUGUAGUGACUGUGGAUCCUUAAUUUAUGUUCUCCCUUAAUCCUGGCCUGGUAGAAAAGCUUAUAUCCACUGUUGCAACAUUUUUUUAAUAUGUGUAAUUAAAACUGUGCCAGUGCAGUACUGAAUGUUUAUUCUGAGCCAAUAAGCUGACAUCUUAACACAAGUAAAACUUGGCCAUCUAUUCCGAAUGUUCAGUUACUGUUUAAAGAAAGCAUAAACUGUUGAUUUAAGGUUACAAAGCUGCUUCUAUCAUUUGCCUUGUUUGACAAAUGUCUGAUUGUACGUUUUUUAAAAUCAAAAUUAAAGCCACAAUGUUUCCUGGUUUUCAGUAGGUAUUUUAAAUGAGUACAUGUUUUUUUUUUUUACAAAUAUCAUUAUCCUCCAGUUUAAUUUUGAGUCCAAUUGUUUGCUGUUUAAGGGACAGUGGGAAUCACAGGUACAUUUUUCCCCUAAUUAAAAACACUUGUUUUUUUUUUUGUUUGUUUUUUUGGCUUAUUUGAUUGUGCAGUGGAAGCUACUAGCGUGCAGAAAAGGUUUAAGUUUUUCCAACAUUCCUCUGUUCUGAUGUUGUGCUGCAUCUGUUGAGACAAGUCUGCAGCUCUAAGAGAAUAUUCAUGUUGGCUUUCUUCCUGUGGCCACCAGGGGGCAGUAAAGCGAAAUGUUUGACACUUGUACUUUUUUGAAGAAAAAAAACUACACGGAGCAACUUUUCAUUUAUUUUUAAACUUUUUUUUUCUUUCUUAAGCCAUGAAUGCCAUUAAUCCUAUCACAUUCCCAUAUUCCGAGGAGUUGAACAGAAGUUGUGUUUUGUUGAAAAUUUACUGACAAACUGCAGUUAUAAUCAGCCAUGUCUGUGAAUUUAACCAAUAAAUAUGUCUUUUUCAAGUUUCA